GUGCAUCUUUUCCUGUAUGACACAGCCGGGCAAGAGCGAUUUGCAGACAUGGCGGCGAGCUACUACCGUGUGGCGGAGGUUUGCCUUCUCUGCUUUGACAUGUCCGACGUGUCGACCUUCGAUCGGACGCAAUUUUGGAUGAAGAGGGUCACCGAUCACAAUCCGAAGUGCCUUUUCAUUCUAGUUGGCACCAAAGAGGACCUCCUGACGCAGGAGCAGUCUGGCUCCAUGGAGCCCAUCUCCCACUGGGCCGAGGAGGCCGGCAUUCCGUUCUUCCCGACCAGCGCCCUGAAAGGUGGGGAGCAUAUCAG